AUGGCUGAUUUCGCGGUACCCCGAUACGGUGGCUGUCAUGUGCUGCAACACAACAGAACCGGCCUCUCGACAGAAUUGCACAACCUCACCGCAAGACUCCAUUCGGUGCAGGCCUUGGAGAAGCACGAACCUAUCCGGGUAUAUGGAUUGAACACGCGCAUUAAAAUCCUGGAAGCGCGCAACAAGUUUGAUGCAUCGGUGAUACACGACCUUGCUCACAGCUGCAACACGUGCUCUGAAGACGCGACCUCCCAAACCUUCAUCAUCGAUCAGCUAAUCAAAGAUAUGAAGGCGAAUAUCACUCAGAUGGAGGUUCUCCGACUCAAAAUUCUCAGACGCUGUGACGAGAUUGAGAGACUCAAGAGCCACAUCAAGGUGGUCACGGACCUCAGUGAUACCGUGAAGAUUGUGGCUCCUGAAGCUGCCGACCUGUCUUGGGGCAUGGAUACGUCUAGCGGCCAAGUUGUGCUCACUGUCAAACGCAAUCUUGAGGAGAAGCUCACAGAAGGUCUCCAGAACUUGCACGGAACGACGCGAGAGCCCUUGAUCACCAAGGAAUCGUCUCUCCGUUACAUACCCUUGGGACUACGCCCGCCGCCCGUCGUACCUCCUGAAUCGCGCCAGACUCACCGGAGUGGCACCGACGAGGCAUCAGAAGCUCCCGAGACGCCGAAUGAAGACGACCAGCGACAGAGCCGUUUAAGCAGUAGACGGACUCCUGCCCCCUAUAUAAACUCAAUUCUUCCCAACUUCAUCCGUCCCGGGCUUCUUGACCCCUCACCCUCCUCAUCUCCCGAUUGUGCCGGGCUGUUUGGACUCCCUUCACCCUCCGCAUCUUCCCAUGGCACCGGGCUUUUCCCACAUGCUGCACCUGCCAUAGAUCUCGAUCUCGGCGAGUCAGGUAUAACUCAACCUUCUUCGCCUUUCCUUAGUCCCGGCCUUAUCAACCCGGACGAGGCGGUCCCGUCAUCAGUACCCACGGUCCCUUCCUACCACGAUCCCAAGGACAGGAUCUUCGAGUCUGAAGAGGAACGGCACGCCGCGAUCACUGAUCACAGACGACUCAUGGGUCAAUACGCCCCCAUCCCCAGGAUGUUUCAGCAUGGAGUGCGAUUCUGCCCAUUGACCACGGAAGGCGCAAUCCCGGCGGAGAUGAGAGACUCUAAUUAUGAGUGUCGAAAUGUCCUCAUAUACAACAUCCAUCCGCACACCCACGUCCGAGAUAUCCUAGCAAGAGUUCGUGGCGGUCAGGUUCUCCGAGCAGUCGUGACCGGCAGCGCGGCCUGUGUCACGUUCCGUGACUACCUUGAUGCUCGUGCCUACUCUGAGUACGCGCAGGCUCACAUCGCAGAAGUCUUCAAUGAGAAGAUACAAGAAUUCCUUGACUCGUUGAAGAUUUGGUACAAGAAGCCAGAAGACCAUCUUGAAGACGUCUGGUUCGGCGAGGACGGCAACGCGCUCCACGGCACCACCCUCUACCUUUCCUUCCGGGACGUUGCAUACGCCGGAUGCAUGUAUAACACCAUCCGCAACUCAAUCCGUUACAUCGGUAUGCAAAAGCAUGUGUAUUUUGCAGCAGAUCCUUGUGUAGUUCCCCUGGACCAGCUGCACGGUCCCGCCUCUCUGGCAAGAGGCAAACAAGUUAGCCUCCUGGACGCGUGGCAGGCACGCAACUGCGUACCCGAACCUGCCCCACAGCUGGAGAGGGCCGUCGCAUAUGCAGUCGCACCUACCGCGUCGACUGAGACGGCCGAAUGGGUCGUUGCUGACCCCAUGACUCCUUCGCCCUCCAAUCCUUCCAAGGAGACCUCUGAAGAGCCCAGUCUUAUCGUCUUCACCCCUGUGCUGUCUGCUAAGACCAACCCUGAUCACGAGGAGGGAGCGCCAUUGCUAUUGCCUGGUGGAAAGCCCGGUGGCGCAUUUGGUGGUCAGCUUGAGAAUAUCAAGGCUCUUGAGCUUCUGCUCCCCAAGCCCUUCGCCGCCGCCCCCGUCGACUCACCCAGGGGCUGCGACCGAGGAGUACGACCCGAUCCACCCGCCGGGCACGCUCGAAGAGAACCUCAAGCCCGAGGCCGCUGGCCUGAGGACCAUAAGUGCGAUAUUUGCCUUCGCAGUGGCGACCUGAGCUGUGCCCGUUACCGCAUCAUCUCGCAGGAGCAGUUCUAUGCUCAAUACGACUACCAAGGGUACACGAGUAACCCAGCAGAGUGGAAGUGCAACUUCCAUCAACUUCCCAAGAUGGAAGUCAACGAUGCCAAGGACGAAGACACGGAGGUUUUUCUUGAUCAGAAGCCCGCCAAUACCACCGAAGAGCCUGGUGCUUCAUCCACUCCUAGAACCCCCGAUGGUAGCCCGAAGCAACAAGCGAAGACCGCUGCCACCGUUACCGUCGACUCAUCUGCUGAGCCGAAAGAAUCGAAGGGCGAGGAGGCCGAUGACGAGAUGAUACCAAAAUGGAAGCUACCUCAGAACGAUCCCGCCUACCGCGAGCUGAUCAACCGCGACGGCCGUCCGUAUGUGUUCGCUUGGGAGGUCACUGCCAUUGUGAGCAAGCCGGGGCCCGCGGUCUACUCGAUGUCCGAGGCCGAGGACAGAUAUGCUGGAAUGUUUGCACGAUACCAGCAGGAGCGGGCGUGGGCACGUGGCGAGGAGUGUGAACCGGAACUUGAGGAGGAGGAUCGGCCUGUCGGUGGUCCCUCGCUUGACGGACCGGCCGAUGCCCGUGACGAGACCAAAUGCACUGGAGGCAAUCCCAAGGAAGCGGCUGAUUCCACGACCGAUACCAAAGCUGUCGCAGCGGACCCAUCCCGACUGGUAUUUAAGGAAGCCAAGUCGUUGUCGUCUGCAGUCGCCAAGAAGACGACCCCCAACCCCGUCAUCGAUGACGAUGAAGACAUAUACAACUAG